AUGUCUAGUAAAUCAUCAUUCGAGCUUCAUGUUGUUAUGUUUCCAUGGUUUGCAUUUGGUCACAUAAGCCCAUUUGUGCAACUCUCUAACAAGCUUUCCCUCCAUGGAGUUCGAAUCUCUUUCUUGUCAGCUCCUGGCAACAUUGCGCGCAUCAAAUCCUCUCUUCUUGUUACUCCCAACAUGCAAAUCAUCUCUCUUCCAAUCCCCACAGUUGAGGGCCUCCCUCCAGGCGUUAACAGCACCGCAGAGACAACACCGGCUAUGGCUGGUCUCCUUAAGAAAGCUCUAGACCUCAUGAAGCCUCAAAUCAAGACCUUAUUGGCAGAACUCAAACCCCAUUUUGUGUUCUUCGAUCACUUUCAGCACUGGAUUCCAGUAAUAGCUUCCCAGCUUGGUAUUAAAACAAUAAGCUACACUGUUUUCUCUGCCACUUCAACUUCUUACCUUACUGUUCCUGCCAGAAUAAGUGAAAAAGGAGAAGGUCCCUCUGUUGAGGAUCUCAAGAAAUCUCCAAAUGGGUAUCCUUUAACCUCCCUUACAUCGGUCAAAUCUUUUCAGGCUCGAGACUUUUCGAUUGUAUAUAAGAGCUUUGAUGGUGGUCCGACCAUAUACGAUAGAGCUGUUGGGAGUCGCGUUGGCUGCACUGCAAUGCUCUUAAAAACGUGUAAAGAAAUGGAAGGACCGUAUGUGGAUUUUAUAAAGAAACAAUUUAAAAAACCAGUACUUUUAACUGGUCCUCUAGUCCCUGAGCCACCUUCUGGAGCACUUGAUGACAAUUGGGCUAGCUGGUUGGGUCAAUUUCCUGCCAAAUCUGUAAUUUUUUGCUCAUUUGGCAGCGAAACAUUCUUGAACCAUGAUCAAAUAAAAGAGCUUGUUCUUGGGUUGGAACUCACUGGUUUACCAUUUUUUCUUGUUUUGAAUUUUCCUGCUGAGCUCAAUAGCCAAACCGAGUUAAACCGGGCUUUACCACCAGGGUUCUUGGAGAGGGUCAGGGAGAGGGCAGUCUUGCACACAGGGUGGGUUCAGCAACAACUUAUACUAGCCCACGGUAGUAUAGGGUGUUAUGUCUGUCACUCAGGGUUUAGCUCUCUGAUUGAAGCAUUGGUGAAUGAUUGUCAGUUGGCCAUGCUACCAUUAAAGGGUGAUCAGUUCUUGAACAGCAAGCUCAUAGCAGGAGACCUGAAGGCUGGGGUGGAGAUAAAUAGGAGAGACGAUGAUGGAUACUUUGGAAAGGACGACGUUUUUGAAGCUGUCAAAACUGUCAUGUUGGAUUCGGACAAGGAGCCUGGCAAGUCUAUCAGGGAAAACCACAAGAAAUGGAGGGAAUUUCUGUUGAGUGAACAGAUUCAGAACAAGUACAUUGUGGAGUUGAUUGAGGAGCUGAAAGCCAUGGCUUAG